GAGGCAAUAAUUACAAAGAAGCAAAGUGAAUCUUAACUCUCCAUCUUACAUAUUCUCCAUGCAUAGUGACUUCAACUUGGAGACAAUCAACCUUCACAAACAAGAAUUUCAUUUCUCUUUUUCCUGUUCCAAAGGAUUACGUACCUACCACCUAAUCUUCAUCUAUAAAUACUAAACACAUUAAACCAAAUUCAACACAUCAAUUAACGAAGUUACAGAAAAUAAUUAUAAAGAAAAUUAACUUUAUAAUGGAGAAGAUAUCUUCAAGUUCAUGCAAUAUUAACCUACAUGCACCUGAAAUUGUGUUCUUUGAUUUAGAAACUAACGUGCCAAAAAAACCUGGACAACAAUUCUGGGUCCUCGAAUUCGGCGCAAUUGUUGUUAGUGCUCACAAACUCAACGAAAUCGAGAGCUACACAACAUUGAUAAGGCCAAAAGAUUUAUCUGUUGUGCCAGUGAAGUCUAGUAGAAUCGGUGGAAUAACACGAGCAGCUGUGAAAAUUGCACCAUCUUUUGAAGAAGUUGCAGAGAGGAUAUUUAAUAUCUUGAAUGGAAAGGUUUGGGCUGGUCAUAACAUUCAGAGAUUUGACUGUGUUCGUAUCAAAGAGGCUUUUGAUGGUAUCAAUAGAGCAGCACCUGUGCCUGUUGGAAUUAUUGAUUCUUUGGGGGUUCUUACUGAGAAAUUUGGAAGAAGAGCUGGUAAUAUGAAGAUGGCAACAUUGGCUUCUUAUUUUGGCUUAGGAGAACAAAAGCACAGGAGCCUAGAUGAUGUUAGGAUGAACUUGGAGGUUGUCAAGCACUGUGCAACAGUGUUGUUUCUGGAAUCUAGUCUACCUAAUACAAUGCAUAAUAAUGAUAAAAGUAAAUGGUAUGGGUCUUCUAGCAUUAUGACAAGAAGCAAAACAAAUGGAAAAUCACCAAGUAGAGAAGAGACAAGUAGAAAAUCUCCUCCAACUUCAUUUUCAUAUCCAAGGACUGUUCCAUAUGCAAGGGGUAGUUUCGGAAAGGUGGCUGAAAGAAUGAAGGGAUUGUUGUGUAAAGCACAAGGACAACCACCUUUACAACAACUAUUAAAGCAUUCUCAUUCAUUGCUUAGGUGAUGAAAACUUUACCAAAAUGGAUAGAGUUCUCAGAAAAUGGCAUAUUCUAUGUUUCUACCUAUUGAAGAUUAUCUUAAGAAAGUGUCUUUGGUGAUUGAGAAGAGAAAGGUCUCAUGUUUUGUUGAGUUGGCAUGUUGAAAGAAAGAUAUAUGCUUGUGGAAGAUGGUAGCCCAAAUUCAUUUGUAUAUUGUGUAUAGAAUUCAUUCAUUAUUCAAAUUCUUCAAACGAAGGAAGAUGGUAACACAGGCAUUUGUAAAUGAAGUUAAAAUAAAUA